UCUUGACUGAAGACACACGCAGGCCUGAGUUGCCAGAGAGGUGUGAAGAUCUCAGGUGAAACAGCAUCCUCUCAUUCCUUCAUUAGACGGAUCACAUCAAACUGAUAAUUGUCGUCGUGCAGACUUUAAAGAGUAAUUUCCCACAAAAGGAAUCUAAUUAUUUUUCUUUCUAUCACAUUAUCCGUCUAUUUAGCCUUAUUCACACCCCAGUGAUAACUAACGACGUCCUUCGGGAAGGUCGCAUUUUGGCACUUGAGGUUUUCUUUGAACUUUUUCGCCUGAGCUGUGAACCCAUAAACCUCCGGAGAUCUGCUUCUAUAUAAAAACGCUUUUGGCAAAAUCACCUUCUCAGAAUCUGCCUGUCAUUUACCCCUGAUGUCAUCCUCGCUGCGUAAACGUCUGGACGUCUCGGGAUAUUUCUAACAUGGACCUGGAAGUUGUUACAGCUAAAAUACUGUCUGAAUGGAAGAGCCAUGAGAGUCCGUUUGGAGAAGAUCAGGACUCACUUCAAUCUACGUCACCGGAGUCCUCGAUUGACUCCAUGUGCUCUUCCCCGGAGAUGUGCUACUCCAGCGGGCAUCAGGAGAUGAAGGACUUCGCUUUUGCUUUCGCGGGACGCAGGGCGACUCCAGCAGCGCAGAGGCUGAGCAAGCCCAAAAUGUCUACCAGAAGACGCAUGAAGGCCAGCGAGAGGGAGAAGAUGCGGAUGAGGAGUCUUGCAGAGGCUCUGCACCAGCUCCGCGACUACCUGCCGCCGGACUACAGCAAGAGAGGCCAGCCCCUGACCAAGAUACAAACCCUCAAAUACACAAUUGAAUACAUCAACAAGCUUUCAGACACCCUGAGCCGCGCGUAAUGGACGCAAAUGGACAUUUUACGCAUCAGGUUUACGCUCAUCUGGACAUUUAAUGGAGUUAGUUUUAUAUAUGAGAUGCGUUAUACAACACCUUUAAGAUAACUUAAUCAUUCGAUUUCAUUUAAUAUUUCUUUUGUUUGCCCUUCUCCUGAUGUAAAUAUUUUUAACGGGGACUUGACAAUUAUUUUGUAUAUGAGGCUGCCUUUGAUGGAGUUAUUAAUUCAGUGUUUGGAAAUAGAGUUUGCUGUUUGUUAUGUUUCCCUCAUGAUAUCUUAAUGAGUAUGAAAUACAGCUUUACUGAUGAAGAAUCUCUCCUAUAUUCCAUGUUUGUGUGUUAACAGAGAACUUAAUACCGUAUCAUACUUGUUGUAUGUUGCUGUAUGUAGAGUUUAAGUAGCUGUAUAUUUUAAAGUGUUGUUGUAUCUGAAAGCUAUUAAAUAAUUAGUCAUUUUCAUUCUAUUUCUAUGGUCCUGUUGCUUUUUUGUCGAGUUUGUCUAUCUAAUUAUUCGUAUAUUUUCCCCAACUGUAAAAUAUAUCGGGCUUGUUUAUCAUGUUUACACUGUUAAUCCAUUGGAUACACCGUGUGUCAGAA